GCGCCCUUCACUUCCGCCUUCGCUUGGUUGCAGCGGCUCGUUUGGAUGUUGCAGCUGGUUGUGAGCCGCUUACUGUCCGCUGCUGGUUGCCGUGUUGCUGAUCGCGUUGCUCCACACCGUGCUGACCGUGAUUGCCUGACUGGUGCUGAGCCAAGGGUGGUGGAUUGGUGUCCUGGUGGUGGUGUCCCUCUUGUGUUUUGCACUUUUUAGGUUGCUUUUGGUUUCACUUUCAUUUACUUCAGGUGUGGUGUUCCUGGGAUCCCCUUCGUUUUGGACCCACCUCCCCCCACUAAGUCUCAGCCCUGAUGGGCCCCCUUUUUGUCCCAGACAAAGAACUGUGAACAGCUGAUCCAGCUCGGUCCUUCACUCACUCGUCUUCAUCAAAUCAAGAUGAGAACGUUAUUGUUGUUGCUUCUCUUCUGUCACGUUUCAUCAGCAGUGCUACACUCCAUGAAGCAUUUCAUAACUGCAUCAACUGGAAUCCCAAACAUCCCAGAGGUUGUGACAACAGUAGAAAUUGACGAACAUCUGGUGGGGACCUGUGACAGCAAGGAAAAUAUGGAUGUAAAGGACAUUGCAAAAUCAUUCAUCAUAAAGUAUCCUGAGCAGUUGGAGUGGUUGAAACAAGAAUGUCUCAGUGUGUUGCCAAUCUUCAAACCCCGCACUCACAGUUUGAUGCGUCUCUACAACCAAACUGGAGGUGUCCAUGUUUUACAGAAGGUGGAGGGCUGUGAGUGGGAUGAUGAGACUGAUGAGGUCAAAGGUUUCUCUCAGUAUGGUUACGAUGGAGAAGACCUCUUGAAAUUGGAUCCAAAAACAUUUACAUGGAUCGCUCUAAGACCUGAGGCUGUCAACAUCUCAAUGAUGUGGUACACAAAUACAUACUUAAGAGGAUCGUUUAAGACUGUUUUGACUCAUUUUUUUCCUGAGCUGCUGAGGCAGUUUGUGGAGUAUGGGAGGAGCGUUCUGCUGAGAACAGAGCUUCCCUCAGUGUCUCUCCUCCAGAAGACUCCCUCCUCUCCAGUCAGCUGCCUCGCUACAGGUUUCUACCCUCACAGAGCCUCACUCGUCUGGAGGAAAGAUGGAGAGGAGCUUCAUGAGGAGGUGGACCACGGAGAGAUCCUCCCCAACCACGAUGGAACCUUCCAGAUGAGGGUUCACCUGAACCUUUCAUCAGUCACACCUGAAGCCUGGACCAGGUACGACUGUGUGUUUCAGCUCUCUAGUGUGAAGGAGGAAAUCAUCACCAAACUGGAGAAAGAUCGGAUCAGAACCAACUGGGUGAAGCCCAGUAACAUGACCGUCCCCGUCACUGCUGCAGUGGUUGUUCUUGCUCUCAUUCUCAUCGGUGCUGCUGGAUUCAUCGUUUACAAAAAGAAGAAAGCCAUCAGCCCUCCAUCUGCUCCUGACAACAGCGCAGAGCUCUCUGAGCCGCUGAAUCCAGAGACCUGAAUGACAAACACACUCAGUGAAUCUCUAAAGACAGUAAAAGAUGGCUUCUUGCAUUAUAAGUAAUGUUAUAUAAGAAGGAUUGAAAAGGUGUGACUGUUCUAUGUUCUUUGACUCUGAUUGGUUGUUUUAUUGAUUGUUGUUUUCUGUUGAAUUCAUUCUCAAAAUAAUCAGUGGACAGCAUGUGACCAGACUUAGUUACACACUAUUCUAACUCUAACUUUACAACUUGUACAUUGAUCUGUUUAUAGAAAACAUAUAUAUAAAAUUUGUUGUAAGAGAUUAAGUGGUGGUGACUUUAACUGGUGACCGUGAUGUCGUCUGUGUACAAGCAAACAUUAGCUCUUUACUAAACGAGAUUCAAUUUACACUUCAAAAGUUGUGUGUGUUCAUCUGUGAAGAUUAUUUUAACAAACAAAACAUGUAAGAAUCAUAACUUUACGUUAGAUAAGAGAUUAUUUUCUGCGAUUUUCUAAAAUCCAAUUUAAAAAAUCCCAUAGACUUCUUGUGGAGGGAACCAGGGCGAUGCUAACUUCAGGUUUAGCCUCCAAAAAUAGUUUAUAGCUGCACCACUCUACAGAUGGAGAAUAUGGAGUUUGGUCUCUCAUGGAGCCAGUGUGUCUCUCAUAUGAGCGGUGAGCAGAGUGGGAGAUGUAUAUCGACAAACGUACCACUAUGAACUUAUGAGACUAAACAUGUAAAUUCCUUUACAUUGAUGAACAUGAAUGAAUGUUAAACUCAAAUGUGUUGUUCUUUGGUUUUGUGCUGAUGUUUGUCUUUUCAAUAAAAUCGUCACAUUUCAACAAGUUUGGUCCACAUGCUCAUUUGUGAUGACACUUCAAUAUAUUACCUGAACAUUCAGUAUUCUCACAGAGGAUUUGAAUGAGGAGAUUGAUAUCAAUGUGAAUUCUGAGCACAGUUAGCUCCCAGACAAGGUUAGCUUAGCUUAGCACUGAAGUUAGAGAUUAAACAGUGAGCCAGUAUGUUUAUGUUUUAUAAUAAACACGUUUAUUCACAGUAGUGAUCUGAGCUGAUGGUUAACACAAAUUAAAUAUACAAGCAAAAUACAACAAUAAUAGAAAUGACUUAAAUACAGAGAAACCCUGAGAGAAAAUGAUCAAUAAUCAAUAUCACCUGUUUCUGUGUGAUUCCUGAUUGUUUGCUGCUCAUCCUUCACUAACAUCUACAUGGUAAUACUUGCAUGAAAAUAUGUGAUGUGACAUGUUUGUGUUCCCCAUUAGAGCUCUGCCCACUUCAAACAUGCAGUAAGUGAUUUUGGAAACUCUCAGCCUCUAUUUCAUACAUGUCUUUGCUGCCAUCUAAUGGGUGUUUAGUGGUAUUAUACACAGUAUUACAAACAAGGCGGUUACGCUUGUAUUGUGUAGCCUGAUUCCCUUUCAAGUGGAGAUACAAAUGUACAUGGGGACACAUUUUCUGAGAUCUUAACUAUCCACUGAGACCAAGAUCAUGUAAACUGAGUUCCGAUUCCGGUAAAGGAAAUGCCUCCGAUACUGCCGAAAAUGCUGGCACCGGUAUUGGCGAGUACUGGAUCCAAGAUGCUGUUCCAUAAAGAGCUGAAGUGGCACCAUGUUCUUGCUCCAUCUCCAGGAGUAGUUGAAGGUGGAGUCGACAUGGAGGAAGGGAAUGGUCAGUGGCGGGGCCGGAAACUGGAAGAUCAAGGAUGGACGUUGCCUCAUGUUAUUUAUUCAUGUUUUCUUUUGCAGUGAAUGUUAGCUGGUGAACUGGAGCAGCCAGAGAAAACCUGUACAGAAACCCAGAGAACAUGGUCGCUCCACUCAGGUGACAGUUAGAACCACUGAGCCGUCGUACUAUCAGCUGCGACAGCAUCGUCAGAGACGCUGUCCUCCACUCGUCAGAGUUUGAAGAGCUUGGUGAAUCUUUCCCACAAUGAUCUCAAACUACUGGUUCUUCUCACCGGCUUCUCACAAAAUCAUCGACUCAUCAAACCUCUCAAGUUGUUUCAGGUUUGCAGUCCAGGUUCUGAUCUCGCUCACCACGGCCCGUAAUUCCUCCUCAAUCGUCUCAUCGCCGUCCUUGACGAUGUCUUUCAGUUGGACACGUUCAGCUUUGAGCUCUGCAGUCUCCUGGUUGUCUGAGUCAUAGAGGUGAAUCAGUCCGUCACAGCAGCUGAACGUGCUCUUGAGCUGUAAACACAUGUUGGGUUGAGCCAUCAGCUUGGCUCAGCUGCUUGUUGCUCUCGUGGCUCCUCACGUCUCUGAGUUUGUUAGAAAUAGUCAUGUAAAAUGUUCACAGCUAUAACCACCGAGUACUGCUUAGUGUUGGAACAUUCUGGAACAUCAAAGGACAUCAAAGGACAUCAGAGGACAUCAAAGGACAUCAAAGGACACUCCAUUCUAAAGUUUAAAUCUAAAUGUUUUUAUUUGAAACAGAAACAGAUUUUGGUACAAUAUUAAUGAUCCUAAAAUCUGUAUUUUCACCUCAUUUGCAGACUUUUUAAAGAACUGCUAACCCUCGCCAUGAGUGCUGUAAAGUGGGCCAGUAAUCAUCAUCAUCUCUGGAUACAGUGAUGGAAAUUUUGUACUGCGUAUCUGAGAUUUAAAUUGAAGUCUUGCACCUCUUAAUAUGACUUGUUUUUCUCCCCUAGUUUAAGGAAAUGAAUAUUCACCCCUCUCUGAACUUUAUGUGUUUACAUGACUUCUUCUUUGCAUGCAGACUCAGAAACUGUCGCAGAAAUAGAGAGUCACUGAGACAGAUAUAUACACCAAGCUUUCCUCCUCACAAUCUGAGACUAACCUCUGAAACAAACCUGUGUUGUUGCUCUGUGAUUGCUCCUCUUGUACAAGAUUAAACUUUGUUAACCUUGA